AUGGCUAAUUGUUCCGUCCUGAAGAAGAAAAAGGAAAAGGAGGCAGUCCCAAAUGCCUGUGAUCAGAGCUCUCAGUUCGUUGGUCAACUCUGGUUGAACCUGGUGACGAUUUUAAUCCUGUCCAGAGGAAAGUGCGGUCUCUCCAGAGUUGUCACUCGCUACCUAGUUGCCAUGGCAGCGGCGGAUCUUAUGGUUGUUGUCCUGGACCUGAUACUGAACAAGAUUCCGAAUAUUUACGCGCCAAUUGAACUUCUCAUCUGGGCUGCGGACACACCAGUGUGUCAAAUCCACGCCGUCCUGCUUUACACCGCCACCGAUUGUUCGGUCUGGUUCACCGUCACUUUCACAUUUGACCGGUUUGUGGCCAUUUGUUGCCAGAAGCUGAAAACAAAAUAUUGCACCGGGAGAACUGCGGCUGUGAUGCUGGGGACAGUGACUGCGAUCAGCUGUUUAAGGAACAUUUACUGGUAUUUUCGACUCUCGGGAUAUUAUGCAGCGCUGAUCGCUCCAUUUAUUUGUGUAGAUACCGCAGGUUAUGUGUCUUUAUUUGUCGGAAUGUCAAUUGAUUUAUUUAAUUACCUUCUCACUCCUGUAAUCCCAUUCCUGCUGGUCCUCCUGACGAAUGGAUUAACCAUCCGGUACGUUUUAGUCACCAGCAGGGGGCGCAGGAGACUCCGGCGUGCUGACAAGGGACAGAGUGCCAGAGACCCGGAGAUGGAGAGCCGCAGGAAAUCACUCAUUUUACUGCUGAUCAUCUCUGGCAAUUUCGUCCUGCUGUGGGCACCGUUCACUGUGUAUUCUGCGUGGAACCGACUGUCUGCUUUCUCUGCCGUGACGCUUCCUGCUGAUUCUCUGCGAGGACUGGGCUCGAUGCUGCAGAUUCUGAGCUGCUGCACAAACACGGCUCUUUACGCCGUCACCCAGACCAAGUUCAGGGAGCAACUGAAGGACGCGAUAAAACAUCCCCUGGCUCUCAUUGCUGCAAGGAUGUCAUGAAUUAGUGAUGUUUGCCUUCCUGGCCCAAAUAAUUCAACACCCAUUGCAGGCAAUCUCUGCACCAAUGGAGCCAGGCGUUCUCCUUGUUUAUCUCAUUCCUCGCCAGCAUGAUUCCUCGCACUGGCUCACUGACGAUCAUUUUAAUCGUUUUUUCCUGCAUUCACCAGUUUAUAUCCCCCCUCUCUUCCCCAGUGGAACGACCUAUAUUUGUUAGUGUAGAUCAGCGCCAUCGUUGUGACCCACAGUUCUGUUCGCCUGUUCCAGCCGUACUGCUCCGCUCCAGCAUGAAACCUCUCCUGUGUUCCCGAAACCUCUCCCGUUUAACAGUGACUGCGAACGGUCCGGUUCACCCAGCUCGCAGGUCAUACUGGAAAUUAGCUCUUGUCCCGGGUAUCGCUCUGAUAAAUUCUAGCAUUCCAGAAACAUCAUGCAAUCACAAUGUGAACGUAAGUUUGAAAAAUCGAUGUUAGUGUUGGGGAAAUGCGAAUGCCAAUCCGCAAUGUGGGGUGCAGUUGCUCUCGAUUUUUUUUUAGUAUUAACUUGGCCGCAGCGGCAUCCGAAGACAGACAUGUCGAGGGAUUUGCAUUGCAUUUGCAGUCUCUCCCGACAGGGCUAUUGCAGGGCCUGGGUAAAAGAACAGGUGUUGGUACAGAUCUUCCAGCUUUGUCUGUCUGUCGCAGCUACAUUGUUCGUUUUUACGGUACUGUGUGGUGACAAAAUUAACAAUAUUUUUUAGAGCACGACCGCUAUCAGGUUUUAUCGAACGCGGCUGGUUGAAGAGAGCCGAAACUCUGCGGGUUGCCUCUAUCACAGAGGCCGGAUUAGACCGAAACUGUAUCACUGAAUGUGUCUCACUGAGCAGAGAGGAAGGAGAGCUGACCGAGGCGCUGUUUUCUGGAAAAGAUCAGGAAAGCACGAGUAAAACUACAGAGUACUGCAAACACAUAACUACAGGCUCGGGCAGGUCUUCUACUCCGCUGAUAAAAUAUUGUUGAAAUGAUCCCGAGCACGAUAAUAUGGACUCUGCACCUCCCAGUUUAUUCCGUUGUGAUUUUCCUCCUUUUUUGUCUCCUUGUUAUUCAAUGUAUCUGUAGUUGUUACAUUUUAUUCAGCAUUGUUACUGUUUGACCUUUUUCUGGUUAUUCUACUUCACGGCUCUAUAUAAUGAUUUGAACUGUACACAGGACUGGAUUUUCACAGCAUCUCAGUACAUGUGACAAUAUUAAACCGAUUCCAAUUCAUUCCAUCUAGAGAACAAAUCUGUAUCAGUCUCCCCAACAUGAGGGAGUCACAGUCCGUGGAAAGAUUAGUCUGCUCACAUAGAGUUCCCUUGUCUGGACCACAUUGAGAAGUAAACGGCUACUUGGUUCGCAAGUUCACAGAGUACGAAACGGCGGCACGUCAUUUCCGGUAAGGUGUUCUCCCUGACUAGAAGUGGAUGGCGAAUCUUUUACGCCCCUUCUAUCCAAAUGUUCACCCAGAUCCUUCUGAUCUGUCAGACUCUCUGCUGCCGCCGGGCGCUCACGCAAUCGGUUUCAGAUCUGCAGCAACUCACCCGGUGAGGAACAAAGCGAUCCCAUAUUCUCUGUGUUCGCUGUACUUCAGAACCAUCUGUGGUGCCUGGAUGCUGACGCCUCCUUGCGUGGGAUAUAUUACAAACUGGUUAUCGUCUGCCGAUAAUCGCGAUCCUCUCAGCCUCAGGGUGUUUCGCUACAGCGGUCACAAACUUAUCCAGUUUAUCGGUUUAGGAUGAGUCUCUCACGUGUACCGAGAUACAGUGGAACUGUGUCUGGCGUUUUGUUCCAUGAAACUCCAAUGAUUGCACAGAUAAUUGAGUAGAACGAUGUACAACAAUAUCAUGUCUCUGUUCUUGUGCACCGUGUCUCGUGUAAUUAAA